GGCCCAUAUCCACACGAUUUGUAGCCCUUCCUGUUUUCAUCCUUGUCCAUGAAACUGUUAAUGCCAAGAAUAAUCAACAUUGUUCUCCUUCUUCCUGUGGCCAAAUCCACAACAUAACUCACCCAUUUCGACUCAAAGGCCAUCCAAACAAGUGCGGGGACAAAAGAUACACACUGUCUUGCGAGAACAAUGUCACAGCGCUGUGUCCUUUUUUUAGUGUUGCAUUUUUAUAAUAGAUUAAAUGGCACUAUAAAUUGUUCCCCUGUUUUGCCCUGUUUUCAAAAGAUUUUUUUAGGAUUUUGUUUUAAUAUUUUAUUCUCUUUUUAAUUUUCUUGCAGAUUAUUACGGUGGCGUAUUCAUGCUUUUUGCCCUAUUUUUAGCGGCCAGAUGUAUAGUUGGGACUCCAUUUGUGAUUUCUUUUUUGGUCCAUAAAUGGAGAAGGCGACAUUUAUCAAUGUAUAGUUGUAUUGAAGAAUUUCUACAGAAUCAAAAUAACCUCAUGCCUAUAAGGUAUUCGUACUCUGACAUUAAAAGAAUGAGUAAAGGCUUCAAGGAAAAAUUGGGUGAAGGAGGAUAUGGCACCGUAUACAAAGGAAAGCUUCGAAGCGGCCAAUUUGUAGCAAUCAAGCUGUUGGGUAAAUCCAAGGCUAAUGGCCAAGAAUUUGUUAAUGAAGUUUCAACUAUUGGAAGGAUUCAUCAUAUGAAUGUGGUGCAACUUAUCGGAUUUUGUCUUGAGGGAUCAAAGCGUGUUCUUGUAUACGAAUUCAUGUAUAAUGGAUCCCUUGAUAAACACAUUUAUAGUAGAGAAGGAAUUAAUUCCUUAAGCUGCAAAAAAAUGGCUGAAAUAUCGUUGGCAGUGGCUUGUGGUAUUGAAUAUCUUCAUCAAGGAUGUGACAUGCAAAUAUUGCAUUUUGAUAUUAAGCCUCACAACAUUCUUUUAGAUGAGAAUUUCAAUGCAAAGAUUUCGGAUUUUGGAUUAGCAAGAUUAUGUCCAUUAGACAACAAUACCGUGUCUCUUACUGCGGCAAGAGGAACUAUAGGAUACAUAGCUCCAGAGUUAUUUUACAAAAACAUUGGAGGAGUUUCUUCAAAAGCUGAUGUGUAUAGUUUUGGAAUGUUGUUGAUGGAAAUGGCAAGUAGACGGAAGAAUUUGAAUGCAGUUGCGGAGAAUUCAAGCCAAAUUUACUUUCCUUCAUGGGUUUAUGAUCAAUUCAACGAAGGAAAAGAUAUAGAAUUACUGCAAAAUGCGGCAGAGGAGGAAUUAAAAGUAACUAAAAAGAUGAUUAUGGUAGCAUUAUGGUGCAUACAGCUAAAGCCUAGUGAUCGUCCCCCAAUAAAUGAAGUUGUAAAGAUGUUGGAAGGAGAAGGUGAAAGCUUACAAAUGCCUCCAAAACCUUUCUUCUGUCCACAGGAGACGCCUACAGAGAAUGCUGGGGAGGAAUCAUCAAAUCCUACGCAAUCCGCAUUAUCAGACACUACUACGUGACUGCAGAGAACAACUUUUAAUUGAUAUUAGAUCAGCUUACUUGAUUAAUGUUUAAUGCUUGGGGAAAUAAUUGUGAUUUUGUAUCUUAAUUGACCAGAUAGUUUUUUUUUUUUUUUUUUUUUUUUUAAUUUUCUUUUUAUUGUUCGUUUUUUUCUGCCCCUGUUUUCUGAAUUCC